AUGGUACAGUUGAUAGAUCAGAUAGCCGGGCUGGCGGGAGGCCUGGCAGCCACCAACCAGGAAAUCCGCACGAUCAAACAUGAGCAAGCGGAACUAAAAACGCAAGUAAAGAGCCUGAUGAAGAGUGGCCGGGGAGUCUACUACGACGCCUUCGGCCUAGUCCAUCAAAACGGGCUCUUUUAUUUGGAUAGCAUGCGGAUCUUCACGACUGGGAACGUGGAUGAGAGCAGGAUCAAGAACGUCCUAAGGGAAGCGGACGUUAAUAUUAAGCGGAUCAGGCUCCUGGGGAACGAUCCGAAUAAAGACCGCAAGACCUGGUGCGCGUACUUCGAUAUAACGGAACGGCCAUCAUUCUUCAGGGCUGCUGAGGUCCUACGGCACCAGAAGGUGGGCAUCGACGACAACUUGACCCAAGCGGGGAGGAUCGAGAGAAAGCGCCUGGCCCCGCUGCGGCAGGACAUCAUGCGACAAGGCGUGAUCCCAGUCUGGAGGAACGGGGCCGAGCUAUACAUAAAGGAGCGACCAGGCGGAAAAGCGCAGCCGUAUGGGACCCGGAAUGAUACCGACAGCGACCUGGGCAGCGCGGAGUACGGCGCCGACGGAGGCGACAGCGAUGGAGAAGGGACUGCAGCUGCCGAGCAGGGAGCGGACGGCAGUGAAUAUGUCGGUGGCAACGCAGGAGGCGGAGAAGGAGGGGCCAGCGGCAGCAGGGGCCCCGGAGGUGGCACCUCGGGAGUGGCAGCAGCAGCUACGACCGCAGCAGCCGGGAAGGGGUGUGUGCGGGACCCCAAGAUGGCGGCCGCAGGGUCUGCAGCUCCGGCCGUCGCAGGGGCAACAAACCCAACGGCAGCUAUUGCACCAACGACCACCUCGUGGGCGCGUGGUGUGCGGGCACCGCUAUCCCCAUCCGUGGCCUGCAGGGCAGGGCCGGCAGCGAUAGCGCCCUCAGUAGGGGCCAACCCGACCGCCAGAGCCCCUCCUCCUCCACCACCUCCCGAACCAAUCCCGUCCGGGCAUGAGCUGGCGCUUAUUGCGAACAAUAAAAGCAAAAUACCACCCGAGGCCUCACUUAGCGCUGUAAAGGCGAAACCCUCGAAGCAGCUGCGGACCGAGGGCACCAUUGGACUGAUGUACACGGCGUCACCAGGCACUCUGGAGCGAGCAAGCUACAGACCACCAGCCGGACGCGACCCACGAGUACCAGGGCCGGACAGCCGGGGCGUCGACGCUGAAGGGUUCCGACUCGUGGCGGGAAGCACGCGAAACGGGCAGCAGUAUGCCACCUUUCUGAGGGUAGGAAACCUGAUCGAGUUGGAUGGAUGGGAGCCCACCGACCACCGUCCUUUGACGCUUGCUCUUAAUGUUACAGUGGAUGACGAAAGCAGGUGUAGGGACGGUAAAGGCCGGAAAGCCCGGGUGGAGUUUGAUAUUGCACGAUACCAGGAUUACGCGGAAUAUUUUGAGGGGGGGUCCCCUACUAUGAAUGCCUUAAGCCAAGUGGCCGAGGACCUGCAGAGGGGAGUUUGCAACACCACACAAGCUGUCGAACGCAUUGGAGGUGCCCUGUACAAAGUCCUGGUGAGGGCCUUCGAUACCCACCGACCUACCGGCAUGACGGCAGUGCAACCACAGGCGUGUAGGGAUUGUAAUGGGAGACACCUAUUGUUGCUUUCCCAUGUCGGUGAAGGUCCCGUGAGAGGGGCCGGCAGCGAAGGGGUCGUCCUGGGCUUAAGGCUUAAGGCUACGGUUGCGCUGCAGAGCGAGGAGCGGCGGUGUCUUGUUGGCUGUUCAACAGCUGCUAUAAGAGCCGCGCGCACGCGGCUCCCUACGUGUGUAUCUCAGCUCCAAGCCAGCCCCAACACGCCCCCAGUCAUCCCCGCAUAA